AUGUACAUGCACAAUUGUACGCAAAAUUUUACUAAUUUGAAAAUCGACAAAACCAAAAUAUUUACGGUUCAAUUAAAGAAUGAACCAAAAUCUUUAAUUAUAAUCCGAACCAUUACUGCGAUUUUGUUAUUUAGUUUAUUAAUUUUUUAUGCAACUAUUCAAGUUAAUAAUGUUAAAUCAGACAAUCCCGUAUAUGCAUCUACACCGGCUCAUAAUGAAGAAAAAUCAAUUCCGAUGCCAAUUUUACAUUUUACCUUUGGAUAUCGGUUUACAUUAACAUGUCAAAUAAUUGGAUCUGUAACAAAGUUUUCAACAGAACAAUGCGCGACAUAUUUACAACAACCAGAGUUAAAAUUAAAUUCUAACGGUGUUUAUGAGGCGUUAUUUAAAGCAAAUGGGUUAAAUUUUACUAAAAGGGAUAUUGAAAAGUUUGAGGUUGCAAUUAUAAUGGAUCAUCCAGAAGAGAUACCUGCAACUAGUUUAGGUGUUGAAGUGAGAGCUUUUGAUUCUCAAGUACAAGAUCCUUUAUUAAUUGAAGAUUACAAAGAGACUAAUAUUCAUGUUAUUGAACAACUUCUAUCUUUAAUUGACGUGAAUUUAUAUUUUCUGGCUUUUAACCAGUUUUAUGAUCUCGAGUUAUCAAGAAUUCGAAGAAACGUAAUAGAGAAAAAAUGGUGGAACAUUUUAGGAAUUCCAUCGAGAUAUGUAGAUGAAACGUAUUUAAAUUCCGUUUUAGAAAGUCGACCAUACUCUCCAUUUGAUGUGUCUUCAGGUCCAUCUUAUGCUAAAUUAGUGGUUUUUAUGAGAACUUGGAGAGUUCCACUUGAACAAGAACAAAAUGAGAGAACGUUAUUUGAUACAUUUGGUCAACUUGCCGGUAUAGCGGGAACAUUAUCACUCGUCUAUGUCUUCUUGUUCGGUGUUGGACCAAGUGCAAUUCAUUCGUGGGGAGUAAUCCAAAGGAUGAAAUGUUUUGGUAUCCGAAAAGGAGUCAAGAAACAUAUGAAUCGUCGUUAUCCAAGAUUACCGUUUAUUAUCUCAGAAACCGAUAAAUCAAAAACCAUUGACAUAGGUGAUGAUGGAAUAGGUGUAGCAAAUUCACCAACGAAUCAUGAUGAAGUACAAAUUGAAAUCCUGGAAAGAAUAGAUUCUAUAGAAAGGUUUCUUAGGGAAUUUGUGGUGGAUGCAGAUUUUAUCAAAACGUUGGACCCCGAAAAAUAA